AUAAUGUAGGGGAACAUGGCUCUUGUUGACAUACCUAGGCACUUCCAGGCGGCGUGUCACACAACGGCGCUCUAUCGACGUGACUUUGCCGCGUCCGCUCCAAGCAAGACCGCCUCGGCCUCGCGUCCUCGCCCCCCACUGCCACACUGCCCGCCUCUCUAUUUAGCGAGUAUAAAGCUCUGCGUCGGCCGCCGGCCGGCCAGUCGCCAUUUACUAGCAACUUUGCUCAACCGCACGAGUCGACUGCCAACAGCCAUGCUCCGCCUGUCCGUCGUCGUCCUGGUGUGCCUGGCCGCGCUGCUGGCGGUGUUCGUCGCCGUGGAGGCCAUGCCGCAGGGCCAGGCCAGCCCCCCGUCCGUCGGCGCCGACCCUUGCACCUGGGGGCCGUCCUACUGGUGCGCCAACCACCAGAACGCCCAGAAGUGCCAGACCACGUCCUGGUGCCUGGAGAAGAAGAUGCUGCAGUGAGCACCACGCCGACGCCGUCAAGGACCUGCCCGUCAACGAACCAAAAACCACUCUCUGUGUCUUUGUAAUAAAGGCCGCUUUUCUUAA